AUGAUGACGCAAAUUGUGUUUCGUGGAUACGUUAAAAAGAAAGAUGUUUUAAUUUAUGAGUUUUUUCACGAGCAGAUCUGGGUUCUCGUUGAACCAUCAGUUAAUAAAACUCAUCACGUCAGUGUUGAUGUCUGGCUUCCACGAUUCCCACCUUCAAUUACAUUAGCGGAUGGGAGCGAAAUUGAGUACGCAGUGCGUGCAACAAUAAAACCAUGGCAUGCAAAUGAGUACCAAGAAACGAUAUUUCAAGUGAAACGAAGUUUGAUACUCAAAAUGCCACAUCGAGCAUGUUGUCCUCUCACCCAUAAAGUCGAUAAAUGUGUUGGCCACAACUCAUGGAUCCACAAGACGUGUAACCCAAUCAAUGGAAAAGUCAAUCUCGAGAAGCAAGCUUUUUCUCCAAAUGAAGACAUCAAUAUCUCAUGGGAAUUGCAAAAUGACUUAGCUCAGAUUGAACAUGUUCACUGCAAACUACAUCAAGUCAUUCAGCUUAGAAGAAGUGACCCUGGACAUUUCAUGUAUAUGAAAUCAUUUCGAAAACAAUUGUCUGAUCACAAAUCGACUAGCAGUAAUGCGACGAUAACCGUUCCUUCCGAUUGCCUUGUGUCUAUGCCAAUGACAUUGUGGAACGUGCUUAUCGUGAAGUAUGAAGUCGUCCUUGAAGUCAAGAUACAAAAAACCAAGGCCCCACUCGCUUUGAAAUAUCCCGUUAUUAUUUCGAGUGAAGUGGUUCAGGUGAGACGCGGCAGCGUUCAAAUCAACAAUUUGUUUCAAAGAGUGCAAGACAUUGACGACGAUACCGAUGAUGAUGAUGAUUACGAUUCGGAAAGCGAUGAUGAUGAUGAAGAAGACGCGAUUCGUAGAGAACAAAAAGAUUUUUCGAUCGAUCUCGAAAAAAUUGAGAUAAAAACGCAAGAAAGCAAAACGCGAACUCUUGAAAAUUCUUGCGCCGACGUCAAAUUCACUGUGAAUAGUCAAAAACCCGAAGUUCUUCAUUCGCUUCGAUUGCUUUUGAUGGGUGAAGCUCGGGUUGGCGCAAUUUGGUACGAAUUCCUUCGUUUCAAGGCAAUCGCAAAAUCGGACACCACAUCAAAAUUGUCACCUGGUAUUCAUACGUUACGCUUCAAUUUGCCGUUCGGUGAAUCCCAGUAUGAUGUGAACAUUCUACCACCUUCAAUGGCUGAGGAUAUCCGAUAUAUCGUGCGAGGUACAUCAGAAACCCUUCGGAAGAACGUAUUUCCCGUGGAGUGCGAUGUUUUCGUUGACCGAUUUGUGGACACCUGGGCCAAGGAGUCGUACAAGGCGGAACACGUCGAGGAAUAUGGCGCAACUAAGCUAUAUAUGUCUCAGCGAUGCUUUCAACGCGGAAAAGUGAUUGUUGUUAGAAUCACUGGAAACGGUGUUCAGAAAGUGAACGGAAAACUAAUCCAACAGCAGAGGAUGCGAAUUCCUGGUCUUAAAGAAGACGACAGUUACAUUAGCGAGAGAUGUGUUUCAUCGCGAACCGAUAGAAAUACUCAACAUCGUCAAAUUCACAUACUUGAAAUUCCGGAAGAAAUUCCGCCGAGUAUCGAGAUAUCCUAUUGGAAUGUGGUCCAGAUCGCGUAUCACUAUGAAACGAACAUAACCUUAGAAGAUGGACACACGCAUUCACACCGAAUUCCGGUUUGGAUUGGAUGUACGGAGGACAACGUCGUCAUCCCUGAUGAGCCAUUGUUGCCGCCAAAAGACGAAACAGUCACUGUGGAGCCAAAAGAGGAAGAAUUGCCCGAAUUCGAAGUGGUUUUAGAAGGAGACACCCAUUACCACCCGUAUUGGGUUGAACGAUUCAAUGGCGACGCCUAUCAAAUCCCGUAUAAUGAACAAUGA